UUUUUUUUUCUAUUUCUUAUGUCAACCAUUCGAAAUUUUCAGGGCAGAGAAUAUGACAUUAGUGACCCUAAAUUCGAGGGAUUAUCCAAACGGGCCAUAAAGAAAUUAUUGAGAAAUGAAGUAUGGAGUGAACAAAAAGAAUCCCGCAAGACAUAUCAACGAGAAAAAUUUCGAUUAAAACGUAAAGAGAAACGCCAACAGAUACGUGAAGGACUUGUCGAAAAACAACCUUCGAAAAAAAAAUUGGCUGCAUUAAGUCAAGUGAUCGAUAUGGGCCUUGUUAUUGACUGUGGAUUCAGUGAGCUGAUGACGGAGAAAGAAUUAUACUCGUAUGUCACACAAUUAAGCUACGCAUAUGGUCGAAACAAGGUAGCACCCAAAGCCAUGAAGAUGCACUUGACUUCAUUUGAUGGUCCACUUCAAUCCAUGUUGGACUCAAAAUUACCCAGUUGGCAACAAUGGCAACUACAGAAACAUAUUCUGUCUUACAUGGAUGUCUUUGACCCCAAUACCUUAGUCUAUUUAUCGGCAGACUCGGAUAAUGUCAUUCAUGAGUUAGAAGAAGGCAAACAUUAUAUUGUAGGUGGCAUUGUGGACAAGAACAGGUACAAAAAUCUCUGUCAAGACAAAGCCACUCAACAAGGCAUCCCAACAGCUCGAUUGCCUAUUGGUGAUUAUCUUUCAUUAUCCACUCGAAAAGUCUUGACUGUCAACCAAGUUUGUGAAAUCAUGCUCAAAUGGCUCGAAUUGCGUGACUGGCAGAAAGCAUUUAUGCAAGUGAUACCUGAAAGAAAACUCAAAGACGCUACACCUAUUGAAAAAUAAAAAAAAUUCAAAAUGAGC